UACAUUUUCCCCCUAGUAGCGGAAGUGUACAAAAAACGCGUCAAAAUGGCGUCAAAAUAGUAUUAAUUUAACUCGACACAUUUUUGGUUACUUUGUAAAUUCUUUCUAUCUCUUAGUUCUAGACCUACUUAAGAACUAAUAGUUAUUCCACUAUCACUUUAAAUGAUACGUAAGUUUUCUUGGUAAUCUAUUGCUUUGGAUACGUACUUUCAGUAUAAAAGCAUCAAAGAGACAUCUGGUUGUGUCCAGACAUGCCCUCAGCAGACGAUGAUGCCCAGUCACUGGCAGCUUUUAAUGCUGUUGAAGAACAUCUCAAAACUCUUGGUCUCUGGGAAUUCCCAUGUGGUACAGGCAAAUGGCGAGAACUGGAGCCAAUCCAAAAAGUUCCACUGAAGAAGCUAAAAAACAAAAAGCCAAUCAAAACUUUAGAUCAGAAUUGUGAUACUGAUAGCAUUAAAUUGCAGGCUGAAAAAGAAAAAGUGGAAUCACUGCAAGAACUUGUCAUCUCACCAUUUUCUCCCUGGCAUGCUGACUGCUCAUGGAGCAAUGAGGCAACAAAACUUCGAGAAAUGGCUGUCAAAACACCAGCAGUUUUAAGCAGAGAUGUGGUUUUUUCAUACUUUAAAACAAUUCGAAUAUGUGAUUAUAAUAUAACAGAGAUUGAUGAAAAAAUGUUGCAGCUAAAAAAUUUGGAGGAACUUACUUUGACGGCAAAUAGAAUCCAUCAUGUGGAUUCUAAGCAUCUUCCACCUACAUUAAAAGUUCUUGAAUUAUUUGCCAAUGACAUCACAGAUCUCUCCCAGCUAUGUUUGAAGCCUCCAUUGCUGGAACAUUUAGGUCUUGGAAACAACAACAUUUCUGUACUAGGUAGCUGUCUGUCAGCCACCCACUGGCCUCAGCUUGUGAGCCUGGACCUAAGUAACAACAACCUGCUGGGGUUUGAGGAGACCAUCACAAACUUGGCCCAACUGCCUCGACUCAAGACUCUCCUUCUAGUGGGCAACCCUUUAAGUUUUGUGCCUGCCUAUAGAGGCUUUACAAUUGAUUUUAUGUCCAGCCUUAGUGUGCUGGAUGACACACACAUUUCUGUAGAUGAAAGGCUUCAACUUAAAGGACUCAAGAAAAUGAAAGAAUACAUAGAGGAAAUAGCAAGAAUACAAAUUGGGGUGAAGCAUAUUCAGGGCAUCCCUUGUCCAGAUGAGAUCAAGCACAAGGACAUCAUGCCUGAAUUUCCAGUUGUUGAAAGAAAGUAUUUCCUUCAGUUUAUGAUACCAGUCGGGGACCCAACAUUGCCUUUAUUUGUUGGUUCAGAAAACUGGACAGAGGCAAAUUCUUUGACCAGCGUGGCCCAGGCCACUUCAGAACCACAAAGUAUGGGGCCAAGUUUGCCAAGUUCUGGAUAUCUUACGGAAACAAGAAACACAGUGACCGACUCCAGCCAAUCAGAUGGAAGACCGUCAGAUGAUGUCAGUGGUGUGGAAUCUAGUGUUGUGUCCUCUGUGGUGGCAAGCCCGGACAAGUCAGGACCAGUCACCGCUGAUGUCACUGCUGAGGAUGAAAAUGCAAAUGCUUCAUGUAGUUCAUCCAGCACCCUGAGAACAUCCAGCACUGAGUCCAUGUUUCCACUCAAAACAAAACCCAUGUCAUGGGCGCAAGAACUAGAUCUCCACUGGGUUGCUGAGCUUUACAGAAAUGACCUCAUAACAAUGAAAAGAUUUUUCAAGAAAGGAAUGGACUUUAUGUUAAUGGAACAAAUUAUUCUGGGCUACCCCGCUGAUCAAAUAGACGGAGAAGAAAAAGUUUCUAAAGGCAAAAAGGACAAGUCUAAAGACAAAGAAAAACCAGAAGAAAUGCUGCAAAAGACAAAAAAGGAUGUGAAGAAGAAAAAAGAUGUUGAGAUAGUUCAGUCUGAGACAACAGUAAACACCAUUGCAACUUUUCAUGCACCAUUGGAAUGUUUUCUGGAGGGGGAAUAUGAAUACAGCAAUGUUUUCACUGAAAACAUUUCUUGCUCCUCCCCUCUCUCUCAGCUUGAUGAUGAUAAAAACAGCUUAAAGAAAAAAGAAAAGAAAAAAGAUGAUAUUCCAGAUCCAAAAGAUAAAAAUAAAAAUGCCAAAGCUGCAGCCAUGAAGGAUGAGAAGAAGAAAAAACAAUCUCUAGCCCUGGAGUCUGAGGAUGGAGCUGCAGCUGCUCCUUUAGAGAUCAAGAUUAGUGUCAAGCUUUUUCACUGGACCUCAGCUACUGACCCAAUCAAUGAUGAGAAAAAAAAGAAUGAUUUAUUACGCAAGAAAGAGCAAUCAGACCUUGCCUGAAGUCUAAUUAAAAACUGUUUUAGUUUUUAAAAAAAAGGAAAUGAACUAAAAUACUUGUCAAUAUUUCUGAUAUAACUCCACUUCCACCACAGAAAUAAUGUCUUUCUAUAUAAGUUAGAAAUAUGUUAGCUCACUAAAUACCAAACACAUUUUCACACAUAUAGACUCUUAGCUUAGAUUCCCUACAUUCUUCCCCUAACCUUGUCAUAACAAAAAUCUUUCUGCAAAAUGAUUUUCAUUUGGAAUAGUUUAAAAAAAUAUUUGUUUUAUCAAGUCUGUUAUGUGUUGAAAUGAUUUUUGUAAUUGUAUAUCUGGCAAAGAUGGUGUAGACCAUGUGGUGUAUCUCUUGUUUAAUCAGCCAGGUCAAAGGUCAGCCAGUUAUUGGCUGGAAGUUGCCAAUUGGGUUAUGAAGCAAAUAUUUGUACUCAUUUGUUGUGUCAACUUCAUUUAGAAUAAGCCAAACGCUACCAUUAAGGACUCACUUUUUUUUAAAUAAAUUGUUUACUUUGGACGUACUUUAUGAAAAAAAUGUACUUACUAGGAAAAGGAAAUAAAAUUUUUUAAAACAA